UAGUUCUUUUAUUUUUUGUUGUUGAUGUAUUUAUCUACAAAUGGCCGGCUUUCAUCUCCAAGUGCACAUUUUGUUUUUGAUGAUUUCGUCUGGAUUUACACAAACAGAGGAGAACGUGGCGCUGUCUAAGUGGUACACACAAAGUUCGUUCCACCCGGUCUUCGCUCACAGGCCAGGGAAUGCUGCUAACGGAAACACCGACGGCCAUUUUGACAACGACAACUGUAUACACACCCACGCCGGAGAUUACCAGCCUUCCUGGGAGGUGAACCUUCAGCAAGUGUACCCAGUGUUGAACAUCACGAUUUUUGGACGAACUGGUUUCCUCCGUCGCCUUGUGGGAGUGUCGGUGAGAGUCGAUGGUGUUUUGUGUACUAAGAUAAGGGAACUGCCCACCAGACGGAGGACAUCCCUCUCGUGUGCAACUACACUUUAUGGUCAGAGGGUGAAACUUGAAAAAGAACUCAUUUCUUCAAAUUCUGACGAAAACGUCCUCAACAUUUGUGAAGUCCAGAUCAUGGUGUGUCCCCGUGGAUAUUUUGGAGACAGAUGCGAUCGUCCGUGCGGUAAAUGUCGUAAACGAAACAGUUACUGCGAUCGCUACACUGCAAAGUGCCAGCAUGCUCUCUUGCCAGCCUCGCUACACUGGCGACACUUGCCAAGAAUGUGUUGCUACAAAUACGGAGAAAACUGCAAAAUGAGCUGCGGGCGGUGCAAGGACAAAGUGGCCUGUCGCCAUGACAACGGACACUGUUCUUCUGGCUGUGCUGCAGGUUGGGCUGCACCCAUGUGUGAUACAGGUAAUCAUCCGAUAAUGAGAGAACACAGCACGGGGAAGUUUAAAUAAGUCUUGUUCUAGUUGUAUAUCUUGUACUGAAUGUAUCAAAGUGUAAAUGUAAUCUCUGAUACAAAACUAACAAACAAACAGAUCGAGGCUGGCUCUGCUUGAUUGGAAUAUUCGCCAUAUUGAAAGGCGACACUGUCUUAUUAUUUAGCAUGUCCUGUUAUAGUGUACACUCGUAUUUGAGGCACGAAGUGCUUUGCUUCAUUAAUUGUAAAACUGAAGACUUCUCUGUUCAUGCUCCAUGUUGGCGGACACUACGAGUGGCAAGAUGGCCGCCUGGUAGCUUCAGCAGCUUGUACUACACCGCGGUCAGCGACUACUCGGCAGUUUUAAUUUAGUUGUCCCAGGAUUGUUGUACUGGUGUCAAAUUGUGUCACUAAUCGCUCAUUUCUCAAAUUGUGUCACUAAUCGCUCAUUUCUGUUUCUAGUUUGGUUAACAAGCAUUAGUUACUCAAAUAUUUAAUUUAGUCCCUGUUUCUCAACGAGAAGCACAGGGCCUCGAAUAUUUAAAGUCAAUAAAAUUUAUUAGUUCCUGUUCUUUAAAAUUCAUGCUUUCUCUUAAGUCUCUCUUAACUGUCAAGCUUGUCUCUUCGUUAUCAUCUUCACUGCUUAUGAUGAUUAGUGUAGAUAUCGGGAAGAAUGUUGCAGAAGAUUCCCAUUGACAAAUUAUUUCUUGAUAAUUGUGCACUUUGCGUUCAAUUCAUUAUUCUUCCACCUUUUAACAUGCAAUCCUUUCUUCUACAUAUUUAUUUUUGAAGGACAAAUGCUUCUAGAUUCUUGACCUCAAAGAAAUGGUUGUUCAUGACAGUAAAAAACGUCUCGUAUUUAAUUUAGGGCUCGUCAAUUUUUUUUUAAAGUCUCUGUCUCGUAUUAUAACUCAGAGUGUCCAGCCCACACUUUCGGUGUGAACUGUAGGCAACACCUGCGGCAGGUGUAAGGACAAUGUCACGUGUGACAGGUCAGCGGCCUCUGCCCUUUACACUGCGCUGCGGGAUGGUCGGGACCUGGAUGUGACAAAGGUAAUCCUUGACUAACUUGUGAGUAUUUUAUUUUGUUCAUGACAAAAUAUCAUUUAAAGAGUCGUACAAAGUGUCACUCAGAAGUAAUAGACAAACAAACAACAAACAAACAACCCAGCCUGCAAAACUAAUGGGGUAGUAGUGGGCCCUACUACAGGUUGCCCACAGGUGGGCUGUGGGCUGUCCCAUCACAAACUACACUAUGCGCCUACCAGUUUUCCCACCAGUUUUCGCUAAACGCAGUUGUGUCCCCUAACGUCGGCAUACCCGCUUGGCGCAGUGCAAGCAAGUGGUGUAGAAAGAACAAACAAAGGAUUAUUCAAAUGUAGAAGAAAUCAAGGUGUGUCAAAAACAUUUGAAAGAAAAGGUCAACCAGUUGCUGCGCAUCCAUAAGGUCAAUGAUGACCAAAACUUGAGUGGAGCAGCACCUGAUAACUUUUCAUUUCCCUCUGACGAUAAAGGAAGAUGGCUGGAAGACCGUGGUGUGAAAAAGAGAAUGGUAUGUUUUAUAGCAGCUGUUUUCAUUAAUUUUUUUUUUUUGUUUAUAGAGACGUUACUGUUUUUUCCAAGAUUAUUGCAUGGCUAUCUUUAAGUGUGUCUUAAUUUUGUCACAACAAAUUUCAUUAACAUGAGCUUUUGGUUGCAUACCUCAGUAUUAUAGCAUUUUUUACUUUCCAGAUUAUCUCCUGUAUCCAGUGGGUGGGUGGUGAAUAGUGUUGCCACUUUGGUAUGCAUCAAGUACAAUUUCACUGAUGCCAAGAGGAAAAGAAGAUUCAAUGUACUCAGAUUAAGAGGAGUGAUGAUGAAUGAGUUAGCUCUACUGUAUUUGUGGAAAAUAUUUCUAAUAUGUGAAAAUUUAAUAUUAGCAUUGUUUUGUACUUCAUCAGUAUCAUUGUAAAGGCAUAUGGAGAAAGAAAUAUAAUAAGAAAUAGAAAUGUUAAGUUGCUUGUUCAGCUGAUGCAGCAUGUUUUAGUCUUUCCAAGAACAAUGGCUUACAGUAGAUACCUCAGUUUGAUGUUUGAUUCAUUAAUAAAUGCAAAGGAGGUAAGAGAAUUUUCUCUAAACUUCUUCACAAUCAUAGUAGUUUGCUGAAUUUUGGAGGCAUACCGUGGUUUUUUUUUCCAGCAAAGUAGAGAGACAUUAUAGCUUCUGUUGGGGCUUUUUUUCUCAUUUAUAUCAGAGGAUAGAACUUUGAUGAUUGUUUUCUUUUUAUAAAGUGUCAGUCAGGAGAAUGUUUCCACAAGCAACAGAAAUGGAAAUAAAUAGUGUGGCACAUAAAUGGUUCAUUAGUGCCAAGGACAGGGAUGGUGAGCGACAUCAGCAAUUCAACUCAACUACUGAUUCUGGCUCCCGGUUCCCUAGCAGGCUGUCUGGUGGUGCAUCAGUUAAUGAACCAGUAGAGUGAGGAUUAGCUGCACAGGGUUCUUGGACCUCGUCUUGGACACACUACUUUUGCAUGUGACAUCUGUUUGCUUCAGCAAAACCCGAGUUACAAAAGUAAAAGUUAGAAAUAAAAAUAAACCUGAGAGAAUCACCCCAAUGUAGAAAAAUAAUCAUUUUGAAUUGUCAUUUGCUUCUUGGUAUUGUCUUAGUGUGGUAGAGAUUUGAUAUCAUGCUGUGUGAAGGACCGACGGUUUUGGUGGUUAGAAAGUGGUGUAGUGGUAGGCAGAGCACCUGCUGGUGGUAUUAAGGUGGUGAUAGGGUGGGAUUUUGAUGGUGAGAAAGUGGUUAGAGGUGCCGAGGUGGGUAGACCACCUGUUGGGAAGCAAAUAGUCACACACACAGUCAGCCAGUUUGUACAUGUUACACAAUGUCCACAAAAAGCCGAAAGAAUAAAAGGUCUGAAUCUUUAAA